CCUCAAACCAGUCUCUACUCUCUCUUCUCUUCCUUAAUCCCCCUCCCAUACGCUUUCUAUCACAUUUUCUCUGCAACCAAACAGCAAUCACGGAGAGAUUACAGAAAGAUCAGAUGUGUAAUAAAACCAGCCCUCCUCCCCAUGAUGUCCAGACCAAGACAAAGAGAAGCAAGAAACAGAGGAGGAGACAGAAACAGAGUAGUACGGUUUCUCUCAGACCAUCUCGUAGAAUUCGGACGAGGACGAGGAAGCCGAAGUUCCUCAGUCUCCUUGAUAUCGAAUCGUCUCAGGAGAACGUGGAAACAAUGGGUGGAGAUGGGCAGCGGCAGCUUGAUUUGUUUCCCCUGCAUCCGGAAAAUAUAGUGGAGGACAGGGAGAAUCAGUACGACCAUGUUUCGUUGCUCCUCAACGGCACGGACAACGCUAACGCCACACUGAACGGCCUCCUCGACGUUGCGACGACGUCGGAAGAUGCGGGAUCUUUGACUUUCGGGUACAGUCAAAGUGAGAAACAGGGUGACGCGAGCUGCCUGGUACGGACGGCGAUGAAGGCCAAGGACAGGGAUGCGAGUGAGGAAAAGUGGGUAUGCUAUUCGGAGGUGGUGGAGACGAAGGAGAGUGUGGAGGAGGAGAGUAUCUGCGGUGGCGGCGGCGAUGACGACGACGAGGACGACCGUGCAUGGUGCAGCCGAGGGAAGAUGAAGAAGCUGCUGGCUUUGAAGCUUGAUUAUCAGGAGAUCAUGGACGCUUGGUCCGACAAGGGCCCACUGUACGUAGAAGGAGAGGGCCCAGCAACGGUCCCUGAUUUGCAUGAUGGGACCCAGGUAAGAUCAGAGCCGUUGAUCUGUUUUUCAUAAUCAUUUUUCUUUUUUUUUUUUUAUGUAUUGCAGAAGCAAACAAUGUUACGCUGGGUGAGGGUGUGGAAUCUAUGGGUUUAGAUUUUUCUGGCACUUUUGUGCUUUUUCUGGGACCCAAUGUGCCUUUCUAUCUUGCUGUGCUUGUGCUAAUGGAUGCAUGGGGAGGAGGUGACAAUGUAUGGAGGGUACCUGAAAUGGUUGGUAGUAACACUACUGA